AUGGCUAGUGAUUUGCGUGAUUUAAAAAGGCAGGAGAGGCAGUUGUUGGCAACGUUCGAGGGUGCCAGAAAGUUUUUACAGAAAUUCAAAGCAGAGAAACAUAUUGGGCAAGUUGAGAGUCGCCUAGAGCUUCUUGAAACGGCAAUGAAAAAGUUUUACACCGUUCGUAGAAAAAUAGAAUUGCUGGUCGAGGAUGCUGACGAAAAAGAAUCAACUGACUCUAAAGAAGCUGCAGCUGAACGGGCUACGCGGGUGCAGAUGCUUGCUGAAAGGCGUGAGGCCGAAAAUGUCGAGGUAAUGCAAUCUACAGAAGACCUUUAUUGUGAGCUUAAGUCAUCGUUGCAAGCUCUGCUUCCCAAACCGAUCGAGCAGCCAGUGUCGUGUCCUACACCGACCAUAGUACAGGCUGCUCCCGAGACGAUGUCAAGGGUCAAACUCCCCGAGAUACGGCUGCCUAGUUUUAGUGGCAGAACUAGUGAUUGGGUUACAUUUCGAGAUAUGUUCCAAAGCCUGAUUCACAACAAUAAUCAACUCAGUGCGAUGGACAAGUUUUCGUAUCUUCGCUCAUCCCUUGUAGGAGAAUCCCUUCAGGAAAUUGAAUCCAUCGAGAUGACGGUAGCCAACUAUGAAAUCGCAUGGGAUCUGCUAAAGAAGCGCUACGAGAACCGCAAAUUAAUAGUAAAAGCGCAUCUUGAUGCAUUGUUUGCUGUGGAGCCAAUGAAGCGGGAGAGUUACGACGGCUUAAAUCAAGUGAUUAGCGAGUUCGAUAAAAACUUGCAAAUGUUGGAAAAGGUGGGAGAAAAUUCUUCGCAAUGGAGCACUGUUUUGGCACAUAUGAUGUGUUCGAGAUUGGAUCAAAUCACGCUGCGACACUGGGAAUCGCAUCAUAGCUCGAAAGAAGUUCCAAAAUACGACGAGCUAGUUAGUUUUCUUCGGAAUCAUUGCUCCGUCCUUCAAUCAAUUGCUCCGCUGAGACCAGCACAUGCGGAGGUGAAGAAGUCGAAGUUCUCCGUUGUUCAUGCGUCAACACAGUCGUUUAAACGAUGCCCAUUUUGUGGCGAGAGCCCGCAUUCCGCUUUCAAGUGCCAGAAAUUUUUGAAGUUGAGAGUUAGUGAACGAUAUGAGAAGGUGAAACGAAGUGGGUUGUGUUUGAAUUGUUUUUCCCCCACGCAUUUGGUUCGAGUGUGCACAAGAGGUGUGUGCCAGCAUUGUCAGACGAAACACCACACGCUUCUGCAUAACGCGCCAUCGUCUGGUCAAAGGUCUGCAACGUCAGCAGCAUCGCAGAAUGAUUCCUCCGUCCCACGAGUCAAAUAUGGUCCCCAGGCAAUGAACACACCGCAAACACAAUCACAAGCCCAGAACCAAACCACACCUACUCAGCACACAAGUCAAUCUACAAGCUCAUACCCUAUUGCCAACACAAAUUCGCAACAUACACCAAACACCACAGAUCAAGUAAUCAAAUCCAACUGCUUCAAUACCAACAUCUUUGCCUCGACAAGGCAAGUUUUACUCUCCACCGCCAUAGUGCGUGUGUCAGACAUGUAUGGAAAUAUCCAGCUAGCCAGGGCAUUAUUGGACUCCUGCUCGGAGUACUGCUUUAUAACCACAAACCUCUCUCAAAAGUUGAAGUUAGUGGAAGGUGCCAGCUACCUGUCUGUAGCAGGUAUUGGUGGUUCUGUAGUCAAAUCUACAAGAAAGGUUGAAGCAACGAUUGCGGCUCGAUCAUUCUCAAUUUCAUCAUACGUGGAAACUGUUCAAUUACAUGUACUUCCAAGGCUCACAUCCAAACUACCCUUGCAUGCAGUGAAUUUGCAGAAUUUGGCGAUUCCGGAUACCAUAACACUCGCAGAUCCUGAAUUUCAUCAACCGGGUCCGAUAGACCUCAUCAUUGGGGCGGAAUACUACUACGAUUUACUGAUGAAUGAGCGGAUGAAGCUUACAGAUGACGGACCCACUCUUCAGAAAACUGUUUUCGGAUGGGUUGUAUCGGGUCGUAUCCCUGGUAGUAAACUUGAAGUUCCUAGAACCAUUACUCACUCGUGUUCGACACAUGAUCUUCGGGAGCUGCUAGCAAAAUUUUGGGAAGUAGAAUCAUGCAACAUCAAGAGUACGCAUUCAGAAGAAGAAUCGACCUGUGAAGAACUCUAUGAACGCACGACGGUACGUGACAGUGAAGGAAAAUUUGUAGUAACACUUCCCAAGAAGGACUACGUAAUUAGUCAGUUAGGGGGUUCAAAAUCCAUCGCACUGAAAAGGUUCUACGGACUGGAGAGACGAUUCGCUACGAACGAGGAGUUGAGAAUUAUGUACAGUACCUUUAUGAAUGAAUACAUCUCCAUGGGUCAUAUGCAACAAGUACACGAGGAAGCGAGUGACUAUCCCUCGUACUACAUGCCUCAUCAUGCGGUCUUAAAACCCGAUAGCACAACAACUAAGCUGCGGGUUGUAUUCGACGCUUCCCGUCGUACAUCUUCGGGAAUAUCCUUAAACGACGGACUCAUGGCAGGACCCGUUGUGCAGGAAGAUUUACUCUCCAUCAUUCUUCGGUUUCGAUUUCGUCAAUUCGUAUUGGUGGCAGAUGUUGCCAAAAUGUACCGUAUGGUAAAGGUAGUCGAUGCUGAUCAAUCACUUCAGCGCAUACUAUGGAGAAGUUCUCCAACCGAACCUGUCAAGUCCUUCCAAUUAACCACUGUUACAUACGGGACAGCCUCGGCGCCGUAUCUGGCAACCAAAAGCCUUCAAAAGUUGGCAUCUGAAGGAGAAGCCACACACAAAGCUGCAGCGAGAGUAAUCAAAAAGGACUUUUACGUCGAUGAUAUGCUGACAGGUACAGAUGAUUUGGAAGAGGCAAAGGCACUAGCAGCAGAAAUCAUACAGCUCAUGAAUUCAGCAGGCUUCACGUUGAGGAAGUGGAACUCCAACAGCGCAGAACUCCUAUCGACUAUACCACAGAUUCUGAGGGACGAUCGAGCUACUCUCGAACUUGAUUCGUCUACGUCACCCAUAAAAACGUUGGGGCUGAUAUGGCAACCAGCUUCCGACAAUUUUCUAUUUGUUUUUCCUCAGUGGAACCCUGACCCAACAAUCACCAAACGGGUGGUACUGUCGGAUACAGCUCGUAUAUUUGACCCCCUUGGCUUGAUCGGUCCUGUCACAGUUCUGGCUAAAAUUUUCUUGCAGGAUUUGUGGAAGCAUAAGGCCGAUUGGGAUGAUCCGUUACCAGAAGAUCUUCAAACAUUCUGGAAUGAAUACCGCAGGAAUAUCGCAGCUCUCGAAACCCUGACGGUUCCAAGAUGGACAUGCUACACCAACGAUUUGAAAUCGGUAGAGCUACACGGUUUUUGCGACGCUUCGGAGGCAGCCUAUGGGGCUUGUCUAUAUCUGCGGUGUGAGAUGGAAGAUGGCUCAGUCACUGUGCGUUUGAUCACCUCUAAAUCUCGCGUUGCUCCUUUGGAAGACCUCUCUCGCAAAAAGAAAAAACUCUCCAUUCCUCGCUUAGAACUCUCUUCAGCCUUACUUCUUAGUCAUCUAUAUGAAAAACUGCGAAGUAGCAUAGAAUUACCCGCUAACGCAUAUUUCUGGACAGACUCGAUGAUUGUAAAGUGUUGGUUAUCUUCACUGCCGUCCCGGUGGCAGAUAUUUAUAGCGAAUCGUGUAUCAGAAAUACAGCAUCUCACCAAAAAUGGAGUAUGGAGUCAUUUGCUGGUGUUGAGAAUCCAGCGGAUAUCAUUUCGCGAGGAAUGA